GCACCAGCUUUUUUAUUCAGAAGCACAACUCAACACAUUGCCAAUCAAAAGCAAGCUUCCAUUCUUUGCUAAAUGGAGAGGGAAGAGCUUGAGACAGUGAUGUUUCAGAACAUUACACUAAAUGGCAUCUUGGACCAGCUUCUGAUGCUUUGGCACUUGAUCAAAGCACCACUCAUCGUGCCAUUGUUAACACUAUUUGUGAAUAUUUGUUUGGUAAUGUCUAUCAUGUUGUUUAUUGAGAGAGUGUACAUGGCAAUUGUCAAGCUUUUCAUCAAACUGUUAGGACGAAAACCCGAAAAAAUUUACAAAUGGGAGGCCAUGAAGGAUGAUAUCGAGCUGGGAAGUUCAGCUUAUCCUGUGGUGUUAGUUCAAGUGCCAAUGUACAAUGAAAAAGAGGUGUAUCAAUUGUCGAUUGGAGCAGCAUGUGGGCUUUCUUGGCCAUCUGAUAGAAUUAUAAUUCAAGUUCUUGAUGAUUCAACAGAUGCAGGUAUUAAGGAUAUGGUAGAAAUGGAAUGUAUGAAGUGGGCAAGCAAAGGCAUUAACAUAAAGUAUGAGAUCAGAGGCAACAGAAACGGCUAUAAAGCGGGAGCCCUCAAACAAGGAUUGAAGCACAGCUAUGUGAGCCAAUGUGACUUCGUAGUCAUCUUUGAUGCAGAUUUCCAGCCUGAGCCUGAUUUCUUGAGGCGAACCAUUCCAUUCUUCAUUCACAACCCUGAAAUCGGCCUUGUUCAAGCUCGUUGGAAAUUUGCGAAUGCAGAUGAAUGCUUGAUGACAAGGAUGCAAGAGAUGUCAUUGAAUUAUCAUUUCAUUGUGGAGCAGGAAGUGGGUUCCCAGACAUAUGCUUUUUUUGGUUUUAAUGGAACUGCUGGUGUGUGGAGAAUUUCAGCACUUAAUGAGGCAGGAGGAUGGAAGGAUAGGACUACUGUCGAGGAUAUGGAUUUGGCUGUCCGCGCAACCCUCAAAGGAUGGAAAUACGUUUUUGUUGAAGAUAUUCAGGUAAAAAGUGAGCUUCCGAGUACUUUCAAAGCCUUCCGGUAUCAACAACAUAGAUGGUCUUGUGGUCCAGCUAAUCUCUUCAAAAAAAUGGCCGUCGAAAUUGCAACAAACAAGAAAGUGACUUUGUGGAAGAAGCUAUAUGUGCUUUACAGUUUCUUCUUUGUAAGAAAAGUUGUGGCCCAUGUUGUCACUUUUAUGCUCUACUGCGUCGCAUUGCCAUUGACCUGUCUGGUUUCUGAAGUUGAAGUUCCUAAAUGGGCAGUCAUUUACAUUCCAUGUACUAUAACUAUCCUCAAUGCUGUUGGAACUCCAAGAUCACUACACCUGGUGAUUUUCUGGGUCGUUUUUGAAAAUGUUAUGUCGAUGCACCGGACUAAAGCAACUUUUAUUGGCCUACUGGAGAUAGGGAGAGUCAAUGAGUGGGUUGUCACCGAAAAAUUAGGGGAUGCUUUGAAGCCUAAAGCUUCUAAUACUGUCCCUCUUCUUAGUAGUGCCCCUGUAAAAAAACCUAGCUCGAAAAUAUGGGCAAGAGUUAACGGGCUAGAGUUGAUUAUGGGGAUGUUUCUUCUAUACUGUGGAUGGUAUGAUUUUUUCUUCGGAAAGAACCAUUACUACGUCUACCUCUUCCUUCAGUGCAUAACAUUCUUUAUCGUCGGGUUUGGAUAUGUUGGCACAUUCGUUCCCAGCUAAUCAGAUCGAUCACCAGGCACAUAAGUUAUGUUGGGAUAAACUAUUUGUAGAAACAAAAGAAUGUCUAGAAGAAUAUGUUGAUACUUAAAGUUUGAUUAGUAUUUUGCUGAGUUAGAGUUCGAUUGCCUCUGGUUACUGCAAUGUAUAAGAAACUAUGGUCAUUCUUUUUA